ACACAGAUCACUCAUUCUACCCGGAAAGCUUCAUAAACAGCAUAACUCCUGUACCGUCUCUCUCUCCACGUCGCUGCGCGCAUCUCACACUCAUCCAGAGUCCUUCCUUCUCGCCAGAGCUUCUGUUUCAGGCGCGUCAACUCACCAGACAGAGGCUUUUUAUCACCUGUUUACAAAGCCAGAUGCAGACAUCGUUUAUUCGGCCUUUCUGUGGAGUUUUUUUAGAGUUGCUCGCUUGCGAUUCUUGACAUCACACUGAUGUGCUUGACUCCUGCGCUCCACCCCGCCUGCUGGAGCGGAGGAGCGCUGGACCACAGAGACGCACCAGGAGGGGAGAGCGAGCUGAUGUUAGCGGCUGUGGAGAAACUCAGUCUGAUAAAUGCAACUACAGAAACAGCCAGAUCAACUUCAUUAAAGAGCCGUGGGUACUGAAGUUAGUUCAGAAGACAUGGAUCCUCUGCAUGAUCAUUGUACUCGCUCGUUCUGUUGCCUCGAUCGGUGAUUUAUGGGCGUAAAGUGUGUUUAUAGGAAUAGAUGAGUUGCUAGAUUGAGGCUGCUGAGAAAUGUCAGCUUACUUUCACAGUUUCCUCGGAGUUUGUGCACGUGUCAUACUUGUUUACUUCUCACACCUGACUCUUAACAAUGAUCGCUGAAGGUCACGUUUCAGCGCGACGCACUCCUCCAACUGCUGUGCAUCUCGUGUUUUGCGACUUAAUUUACAGAUAACUUUGAAAUCUUGACCGAACAAACCGUGAAACAGAAAAGCAGGGAUGACAUUCAGCCAGCUCGUGCGUUAGAGACUGAUUAGUCCACCUUAAAGUCAAGACAAACCGGACUAUGACUCGCUCCAAACUUUGCUCUGCGCUCCUGUGGAUGAUCCAGUGAAGCGCGUUAAAUCAUAUGUAGUUCACUCGUCGAGAUGUUAGGAAGUCCAUCAAACAACGGCGGCAUCAGAAUGCUGGUGCCCCCGGCUCCGAACGACGACAGGCGGGUAGAGUUUGUGGCUCUCACCGCCGUCCACACGGAGAGAAGCGAGCCGUCCACCCCGGAGCGCGGACACCCGUCUCACCGUACCGGUCUGCUGGGCACCCCGCUGCCAGGACCUCCAGGACCCCGGGCCAACGCGUCUGCUUCCAGCAAGCGUUUCAGAAAGUUGCAAAAUUGCCUCUACAACGUGCUGGAGCGACCCAGAGGAUGGGCAUUCAUCUACCAUGCAUUCAUUUUUCUGCUGGUGUUCAGCUGCUUGGUGCUGUCCGUGUUCUCCACCAUCCUCGAGUAUCAAAAGGCCGCCAACCAAGCCCUCUUCAUCCUGGAGUUCGUCAUGAUUGUGGUGUUUGGGAUGGAGUACUUCAUCAGGAUCUGGGCAGCUGGCUGUUGCUGCAGAUACCGUGGAUGGCAGGGACGGCUCAGGUUUGCCAGGAAGCCCUUCUGUGUCUUAGACUUCAUAGUGUUUGUGGCAUCGCUGGCAGUGAUCGCUGCAGGAACACAGGGCAACAUCUUCGCCACGUCAGCCCUGCGCAGCAUGCGCUUCCUGCAGAUCCUGCGUAUGGUUCGUAUGGACCGACGAGGAGGCACCUGGAAACUUCUGGGUUCAGUGGUUUAUGCUCACAGCAAGGAGCUGAUUACAGCCUGGUACAUAGGUUUCCUGGUCCUCAUCUUUGCCUCCUUCCUUGUCUACCUGGCAGAGAAAGAUGUCAACACCGACUUCAACACCUAUGCAGACUCCCUCUGGUGGGGAACUAUAACUUUGACCACUAUUGGCUAUGGUGACAAAACCCCUCAUACGUGGCAAGGGCGGCUGCUAGCAGCCAGUUUCGCUCUUCUGGGAGUUUCCUUCUUUGCCCUGCCUGCUGGAAUUUUGGGAUCAGGCUUUGCCUUGAAGGUUCAAGAGCAACACCGGCAGAAGCACUUUGAGAAGAGGAGGAUGCCUGCUGCAAACCUGAUACAGGCUGCAUGGCGCCUCUACUCUACAGAUGCCCAACAUUCCUAUCUAACAGCUACAUGGUACUUCUAUGACAGCAUGUUGCCUUCGUUCAGUCAACUCCUUUCUAAAAAGCGGGGUCUCUUCCGGAUUCAUGCUGGCCGCAAGCAGAGCAGUAAAAUGGGCUUCCGGGAUCGGAUCAGGAUGAACAAUUCCCGUUCAUCCCAAACCAUUCGGAACAAGGCGUCACCGCUGCCCCCCGGCUCUGGUGUCCGUCGCUCUCCCAGCCAGGAGAACGUUCCUGAAGCCACCAGUCCAGGAAAGGUCCAAAAGAGCUGGAGCUUUAAUGACCGCACACGCUUCCGCACCUCCCUUCGCCUCAAGCCACGUCCACCUGUUGACAUGGAAGGAGUUGGGGAGGACAGUGUAGAAGACAAACCAUAUUGUGAUGUUGCCAUGGAGGAAGUGAUCCCAGCAGUGAAGACACUCAUACGAGCUGUCAGGAUCUUGAAGUUCCUUGUGGCCAAGAGGAAGUUUAAGGAGACGCUGCGUCCGUAUGAUGUGAAAGAUGUCAUAGAGCAGUAUUCAGCUGGACACCUGGACAUGCUGGGCCGCAUCAAGAGCCUGCAGAUGAGGGUGGACCAGAUAAUUGGGCGAGGAACUGUUCAGCCAGAUAAGAAGGCGCGACCCGAAAAGGGAGAGAAGACACCGCCAGAACUGGACCCACUGGAUGAGCUAAGCAUGAUGGGACGUGUAGUUAAAGUGGAGAAACAGGUUCAAUCCAUAGAGAACAAGCUGGACCUCCUGCUCAACUUCUACUCCCAGUGCUUAAAGAAAGGCUCGUCCCACUUCACCCUGUCCUCCUUCCUGGAGCCCGACCUGACUUCUGACUACCAGAGCCCCACGGACCAAAGAGACCUCUUCCCCUCCGCUAACACGCUCAACAUCUCCCAGUCUGAUAGCGGCAACUUGGAAUGACAGUGAGCUGACUGUCCGAGCACAGACACAAACCCUUUACAGUACGUCUUCCUCAGGCCGAGCCCUCCCUCUGCCUAAACGUCUUGUCUUCACUUCAUUUCAUCCACACUCUGCAGCGAUUCGUCUCGCCCCGUCUCAAACCUGCAUCCUCCACCUUAGUGAAUGUUUCCAGACCCGAUACCAGACAGAGGCCACCAGAUGGCUCCACCUGACAAGGAGCCUCAGCCAAAGCUGCUCACCGCGCACGCCUCUCAACCCACUAGAUGAGGACGGAGACGAGGAACUGAUACAUGAACUAUUACUUGACUACUGAACCACUCUCACCCGCUCACCUCAUGCUGUCUAUCUAUGCCUACUUUAAAGCUUCGGCUGCAGAUAAUCAGACUGUGUGCUGAAGUUCUAUAAAUCUUUGGAGGAAUCUUAUCUUUUCUCCCCAUCAUCAUUUCUUCUUUUUUUUUUCUUGGCUGCAACUUCCUGAGAGUUUUCUGACUCUACUGACACAGACAGCUCUGCAAGUGCCAUGCCGGUCAUUUGUCCAGUACUUUGGAGGGCAUCGCAUUUCUUCAUACCGUGAUGAAUGCAAUGGGUCCCACCUGCGGUUUUGCAUUCUCACCAGACGAACCGACGAGCACUGAAGGAGCCGGUCAUGAAGUGCUUGCUUGUGCCGGGAUGGGCAGACUCAGCUGACCUCGCCAAAGCACCCACGGUACACUGUCUCACCCAGAUGAGGGAGUUUUAAAUCCUGCUUUAGUAGAACCAACAGAGCUACAAGAACGCGUUGGAGUGAUUGAUGUUUGUUUGUUUUGACCUCCAUUCCCUUUCUUCGAAGUUCGAUCUUUAACAAGCCCACAUGCAAAAAAAAAACAACGCAAUAGUCCGUUUGGCUGGCAUUCAAAUGAGGAAUGUUCCUACUUCUUUAGGAUUUAAUCAAGCCAAAAUGUUCUUCCACGGGUUCAGACUCGACUAUUUCAGCAUCGUAAACUUAACGUGCCCUUUAAACCUCUCUGUCUUGCAGCCCACACUCCCGACCUGCAUGACGUCCUGUAGAUAAAACCUCACUUCCUGCACUCGCUUCUCAUUGCUCACAUGUAGCCUCAGGUUAGGUUUUUUACCAUUUCAGCCGGUUCAGACAGUCAGUAAUUCUUCUUCCUACACGAGGGUAAAUCAUCAGAUGUCACUUGCACUUGGUGCAGGAACUUUUUGGCCAGUUUGACGUAGUUUAAAAAACCCCAACUCUGUCAGGUCUACUGCAUGAAUUCCAGACCUUAAUCCUCAUGAAUGCACGUGUCUUAGAAAACGGUUCCAGCCUUACAGCUUCAACACAAAGACAGUGUGCAGGGUGCCCAAAGGUGUUACUGACUGUCUUUGCCAGUGCACUUUACUCUCUUCUGUCGUUUCUUUCUCGUUUCUGCUCUCUAAACGCUCUGUGCUGAUGGACAAAACUGGAGAGUGCACACCUGCAAACAGACGAUGAAAGCAAUUCCUUUACUUAAAAAAAACAACAACUUGGCACUUGACAAAUAUAACACGUGUUUUUAUCAUGUCUAACUGUAUCUUUCAUUUGUUUUUGAUUCCUUUACUGUAAUUGUGUUCAUACAGUUGAUUUUAUGCAAUGUAGAGCAGAAAAAUGUGUUUUUUAAAAAUGAUUUUGGUUGUUGAAAGUGAAAGUAGGGUUUAAUUUAAUAUGUUUAAUUCAGCUAGAAAUGAUCUUUAAAUAAAUGUAGCAUUUUUUUUCUCAAGUUAAAUUAUGGACUGUAACCACACACAGCUGAUCAGGUUCACGCACACGACUUGCAGAGCUCGAGUUUCUUUUCUUUUGUAAGAAACGUCUUCCAAUAAUUGCUGCCAGCUUCGAGUAAGAAACAUUCGUCAUACUGCAUUAAGCCAGUGUAAACAUUUCUUCUGUCCCCUCAUUUAUUUGGUCCAGUCAAGCCAGUUGACUCAGGUGCUCCACUUUUCCAUCUAAGCCAAGCCCCGACUUUUAAACAGUGAAUGUACUUAAUUGCUCGGUGUUUUUAGAUCUAUUUCUGGUCUGUUUUUCUUGCUGCCAGGACAGCGACAAGAGCUCGCUGUUAGACCUUUGCAUUCAUUUCAUGGAGAAAUGUAAGAUAGCUUAAUUCUUUGAUCUAGAUUCUAGCAGAGACGCCUGUUUAUUAGAGGCGUCGGCAGUGCUGUCACUUCGUCACGUGGAAUGUUGAGCUUCAUGAAAAUGUACGUGAGACCACUGUAUUGCAUGUUGUUGUUUCGUGGUGGCCCCAGUAUUAGAAGAGAAAAAAAAACAACUUAAGGAUGUCUCCUGUCAAAUCUUGAGUCAAGACAUGAAAGGAAAUGACCUGUGCCUUCUAUGCCCUCCUUCUGUAACUGAUAUGGUACAGCUUUCUAUUUUAAACGUAAAUAUUAAACCUGCUUUCAAGUAUUUCGUAGGAAUAUCACGUGAAGAUAGCCUUGCUUCUUUUAUCUUUUUUUUUGUGCAAAACCUCGAACUAACUAAAGACGUACUAUCGAAAAGAUUUAGUCUUUUACGACUGCUGCAAACUUUGAUACUUUCUGAGAGUAUUACUACUGUAUGUUCAGCACAUCGACGUACCUCUGCCUGGACCUCCUCGCAUCGACGCCCUCACUCUAUUAUAACACCUGUCAGAUCUGGAGGCGGGAGGCAUGGGCGUUUUGUCGUCACAGGAAAGUCUGCAGGCAUGUGUCCUUUCAUAAGCAUGUCACAUAGAUCCAAAUGGCUUCCACACAACUACCUCUGAGGCCACUAGGGGGCGCUAGUUUAGGAAAACCAAGUAUGAGAAAUGGUAACUGAUUGUCUAACUGACUGAAUGCUAUGCAUGACUCAAUCUGCACGUUCUCUUUUUCACUUCUUCUUCUUCUUCUUCUUCUUGUUCUUCAUGACGUCCUACCAUCCAUCCAUCCAUCCAUCGUUCACUGACUUGCUGCCAUUUGACAUUCCAGCUCAUUGCUCUUUAACUGCUCUCUUAGGUGUCGGAACUGUUGUUAAAAAUGAAACAAUCAAGCAAUAAGGCGCAAGCUAACCUAUCAAAGUCUUCCGAUUCUAAUUGAUGUCGCUACUGGUUGAAUAAAACAUGGCGCUGAUUUAUUUUCUAAUCUAAUGCACACCUCUCUUUGAUAUUUUAAAGAGGUACAAAAAAAAAUGUGUAUCUGCUGAGGAUAAAAUUAGAUCACUUGACUAACUUAUUAAUUUAUUUGUUUCAAUAAAGCUAUUUGGACUGUA